AUGGAGACUCCUGUCUUCUACCCCACCGAGGAAGAGUUCGCAGAUUUCUACGCGUAUGUUCAGAAACUCGACAGGUUAGUAGGACACAUCGGAGUGUGUAAGGUGGUUCCUCCGGCUGGUUGGCAGCCCCGAGCACACGAUGUCUACACGUUGCAAGACUCCAGCCCAGAGCUGGAGGAGGCGGUCACAGUGAAGCGACCCAUCAAGCAGAACGCUAUCGGGGGGAAGGGGCUGUACAUGAACAUGCACGAGGAGAAGCGGAGCAUGAAGCUCGCAGAGUUCAAGAGGAUCGCUCAGAGCAAGGCGUUCGCUCCUCCUGUCGAUGGGCAGAAGAAGGUGCUUGACCAGGAUGACAUCGACCUCCUCGAGCGUCAGUUCUGGAAGAACGUACUCUUCAACCCUCCCAUGUACGGGGCUGACUGUCCUGCUCCCAAGGGGAUGCGGUCAGACGGCAGAGAAGGGCUCUUUGACCCCUCGCACUGCGGCGACUGGGACGUCAGCAUGCUCCCGAGCUUGCUGACCUUCGGGCUCAAGAAGCGCGUGCCCGGUGUGAACACUCCCUUCAUCUACGUGGGGAUGUACCGGGCGGCCUUUGCCUGGCACUGCGAGGACAUGGACCUGCACUCUAUCAACUACCUCCACUGGGGAGCCCCCAAGACCUGGUAUAGCGUGCCAGCGACCCACGGGCAUAAACUGGAGGCUCUUGCCCGAAAGCACUUCCCCACGCAGGCGGAUCAGUGCAAGGAGUUUCUGCGGCACAAGAGCAACAUGAUCGAGCCUUCCAUCCUCCUCAAGGCCGGGAUACCCUUGACCAGGACUGUGCAGUACGCCGGGGAGUUUGUGAUCAACUUUCCGGGCGCGUACCAUAGCGGGUUCAACAACGGAUACAACUGCGCCGAGUCUUGCAACUUUGCAACGGAGUACUGGGUGCCGUUCGGGUGCCAGGCGAAGCCUUGCUCGUGCGCAGGAGGGAAGGACUCGGUGAGGAUAGACGUG